AUGGAGGAGGACGAUUACUGUGAUUGUGAGGCCCAAGAAAAGACUAUUUUUGAAGGUUCAAUUGGAUCUAAAACUCAAACAAGUGAGCAUGUUGCUCAAGGCCAAACCGAAACCCAGCUAGAUGAUGUAUUUAAGGAAGCAGAAUAUGCUCCUGAGGCUAAAGACUUAGAGGAAGAGGGCAUUGCAGAUCCAAGUAAAUGGUGGGGUUCUGUCAAUAAUUUUUGCAGCCAAAUUAACCAAGAAGACUCUGAGGGGGGCUAUGAAGAGGAAGAUGAAUUAAGAAGCUUGCCUAGUGAUGAUGAAGAUGUGCAUCGGUCAAAAAAGUCUAACAUGGAGUUUGAUCCAAGGACUAAGCCUGAGGAGAUCAAGUUUGAAGAGGGUAUGUUGUUCCCUACUAAUGAGCAUUUAAGAAAAGCUUUGAAAGAGUAUUUUGUUACUAGUGAUAGAGAAUUCAAGUAUGUAUCCAACGAUAGUUUAAGGAUUCGAGCUAAAUGCAAGGGCAAUGGGUGUACAUGGCUUCUUUAUGCUAGAAGAAUGAGAGAUGAUGGCACAACAUUCAGGAUCAAUAAAAUGAAAGGCAAGCAUAAUUGUGGGAUUGUAUUCGAGAACAGCUUAGUAGAUGCAGACUGGAUUGCAAAACAUUACUUGGAGAAGUUCAGACAAAACCCAAACAUGAACUUCAAGUCUUACAGACAGAUGACAUCUGAUAGUAAGUACUCUAAAGUUUCCUUUUGGACUUUUUAUCGGGCUAAAAAUAAAGCUAGACACAUUAUUAAUGGUACAGUGAAAGACCAAUACGCAAUUCUUCACGACUAUUGUACACAAAUAUUAAAACUCAAUCCAGGUAGCACAGCUUUGAUCAAAACCAACUUGGUCAAUGAGAAAAGAGUUUUUGAAAGGGUGUACAUAUGUCUUGCAGCAUGUAAAGUUGGUUUCAAGUAUUGUAGACCCAUCAUAGGAUUAGAUGGAUGCUUCUUGAAAGGUUAUUGCAAAGGUAUGUUACUUGCUGCAAUUGGGAUAGAUGCAAAUAAUAGUAUGUUUCCUCUUGCAUAUGCUGUUGUUGAGAAAGAAAAUACUGACAGUUGGACAUGGUUUGUCGGGCUGGUUAAAGAGGACAUAAAUGUAGCAGACACAAGAAGCUUCACUUUCAUAUCUGAUAGACAGAAAGGCCUCGAGAAAGCUUUGGGUACAACUUUUGAAGGCUCUGAAAUUAGAUUCUGUGUGAGACAUCUUUAUGAAAACUUCAAGAAGGAGUUUCCUGGAUUGUUGUUGAAACAAGCACUAUGGGCAUGUGCUAGAUCGACUACCUCUGAAGAGUUCAAAAGAAAAAUGAAUGACUUGAAGGAGAUUUCUGAACCAGCAUAUAAUUGGUUGAUGAAAAAGGCACCCACAGAAUGGUCAAAAUCACACUUUAGGACUUCAGUAAAGUGUGAUAUGCUCCUUAACAAUCUUUGUGAGAGCUUCAAUUCAGCAAUCUUAGAUAGCAGAGACAAAAUGAUAAUCACUCUUUUAGAGUCAAUACGUUUCUGGUUGAUGGAAAGGAUGUGCAAGCAAAGAGAUAGUGUCUCUAAAUGGAAUUUUUCUGUUGGAAAGAGGAUCUUUGAUAUCAUUGAGAAGAACAAAAAGGUAGCACAACAAUGCAUUUGCACAAAGUCAAUUGGUGGAUCAUUUCAAGUUACUUACAUAACAGGCCAAGUAUUAUCUGUUGAUUUGGAGACAAGAACAUGUACAUGUAGAUCAUUUGAUCUAACAGGUAUACCAUGUGGUCAUGGCAUAGCUUGUAUAUGGUUUUCUAAUCUUGAUGAAUACCAAUUUGUGGAUCCUUGCUACAAGAAGGAAGCCUUCAAAGCUAUCUAUGCAAAGGGUACUGCACCAAUGCCUAGUCCUGAUGAAUGGGAGAACAAAGGGAAAAGUCCAAUCCUUCCUCCACCUGAAACUAUAUUGCCUGGGAGGCCAAAAAAAUCAAGGAACAGAGAAAGGGAUGAACCUCCAGCAGUCACACUUUCAGCAGUGUUUUUAGUGGAGUUUUUUUUAGCUAUUUCUACUGGUUUUGAGCUCUCAAUUGCUACCCUUUUUAGUCACACUAUCAGCAGUGUUUUUAGUGGGCAUGUAUAUUCUUAG